UCUAUAGCUGGUCAGGUUGGGAGACCACCUACUUCCAUCUUAAUUAAACCAGCUAAAACUAUCCAACCAGUUUAGGCUGGUUUAAACUGUUUUUUAUUUCAACAGGGAAAGUUUUGCCAAACUGCAAAGAGUGUCCAGAUAUACAAUAAACGUACGUUUAAAUGGCAUAUACGAUGCCUUGUAUAUACGAUCUUCCAGGCUUCCUCGGAGCUAUGUCUUCAGAACAAACAUUUGACCACUGUGAGUGAUUUCACACACUGACGCUGGUGGGAGGAUUCAACACAAACUGGGGACUCAACGGGGCUCUACAAGCGCACUCUCCACCGCACAAUCCCGGGACACCUUCGCCUUCACCAUGAUUUUAGUUAAAUUCGUGUGCGCGAUCAUUACUAGGUCGUUAUUCAUUCUGGUCUCUCUAAUCGGCGUCUGGAGAGUAAAAACGGUGAAAAAUAACAACAUGUACUGGUUACUAACUGUUCUUUACAUCCCUUUGGUCGUGGAGAUGAUCUUCACUUUAAAACGAAGGAAAGGGAAAGACUACAAAUGGUUUUCUCCAGCAAUCCUGCUCUUCCUCAUCAGCAUUAUUCCGUCCAUAUGGAUUCUAGAGUUACAUCAUCAGGAGAACAAAGCCAGUGACCCUCAGUGUAGGAAACUGGACUCUUGGGACAAUGUCAAGAGCAUAUUGCCUUUAAACAACACAAUGGGUAACGAAACACUAAAGCACUUGGAGCGCAUGCUCACCUCGGUGUGUGCGAAUGACUGGAUCCUUGGUCUUCAUCAGGUUCUGCUGAUUCUUCUCAUCAUUGGAAAGUGGCUCCUCCCAUUAGGAGGAGUGACGCGUGACGAGCUGUCUCAGCUUUUACUCAUCUUUGUUGGCACGGCAGCAGACAUUCUCGAAUUUACCAGUGAAACACUCUCUGAUGUCAAGUGGGUACUUCCUGUUCUCAUUCAGUUCAUGAAAGCUUGAUUGAAUGCUACUUCAUAUGCUAUUGUUGACACUGCUGGACAUAUUAAAUGGACCAAAAGUGAUAGAUUAAGACAUUUAUAAUGUUACAUAAGAUUUCUAUUUCAUAUAAAUAUCUUUAAAAUGUAUCCCAGUUUUCACAGAAAUAUUAAGCAACACAAAUGUUUUGAUAAUAAUAAGAAAUGUUUCUUGAGCAGCAAUUGAUAAUGAAGACUGGAGUAAUGGCUACUAAAAAUUCAACUUCGCCAUCACAGGAAUAAAUUACAUCAUAACAUUUAGUAAAAAAUGAUUAAAGUAGUAUUUCUGAAAUACAGUGCAGUAUUACUGGAUUGGAGUGAUGAUUAUUGUCGGUCCAUUCUCAGGUGCCUUUUUUGCCUGUCAAAAUCAGCAAGUAGUAAUUAGUAGUUUCAUUUGAAAUGUUGUUGAACGCUGAACAUUCAGUAAAACA